AUGUCGUGCGAGGAAAGCUACUUGGCCAUCAUUCGCUAUCUGACGGAUGAGCGGGAACCGUAUGCUCCGGGCACGCCGGGGAACACCAAGCGAAAGAUACGAAAAGCGGCCGCUUGCUACGUGGUGCGCGAAGGCACGCUGUUCUACCAGCGGCGGUUGAAGGGCCAGGACGCUUUCACUGAGCUGGAGGUGGUGCUGCGGGACGAGCGCAGGAAGGAACUGAUCGAGCGGACGCACGUCACCGAGGCAGGGGAACACCUCACCCAGCAGUUGACUUGGGAGAGUAUCUCACAGAAGUAUUGGUGGAGAGGAAUCCUUAAUAACGUGAAGGAUUACAUCCGCGAAUGUGCCAUCUGCGCAAGUCGACGUGGAGCGGACGAUGGCUCCGGAGUCGGUGGACGUGCUUUCAACCGGGUCAGGAAACGCAAGAGAGAUGAUGAUGACGACGACUACGAUGAAGAGGACGAUGAAUUGGAGGAAGGAGAGGAGGCGGAUGACAUUUUAUUCUUCGGCGACACUUCGCGUCGGAAUAGAUCAAAAUCGACGAAGGCUGGAGACAAGCACGGGAUUGUCUACGUGAACAGCAACGGCGAGGUGCAACAGUUCCUGUCCAAGCACGGCCAGACGAUGCUGGACAGACUCAACCAGCAGCGCCUUAACAAUCAGUUCUGUGACAUCACUCUGUUGAUCGAAGGCGAAGAUUACCGGGCGCACAAGGCAGUGUUGGCGGCGUGCAGCGAGUACUUCAAUGAGCUCUUCUUCGAGAAGGGCGCCGCAACCACGCACGAGGCCGUAGUCGACCUUGCUGGUUUCACCAAAGACAGCUUCAUGCCUCUGCUGGACUUCGCCUACACAUCCACCCUGACGUUCAACUUCAGCGUCAUGGCAGAAAUCGCCAAUCUGGCACGCCAUCUGUUGAUGCCUGAGGUCCUGCAAAUUUGCGAGACGGUGCACAAGCAGGUAGAAGACCAAAAGCUAGUGGUAUACCAGCGCGGGGAUAGCCACACCGUGGAGGCCGACCAAACAGCAGUAUCGGCCGCUAACGAGGCAGGCGCCUACACGGUCACUAUACAGAGCGACGGCAGCGCCGUAGUCACCCAUACGGGGCUCGCCGUAGCGGGGGAGUCAUUUGCCAUCAUGGCGCCCGCCGGAAGCGAACAGCCGGUGGCGGUCACGGCCGAGGCGGUGGAGGGAGGCGAGACCCUGACACUGAUUACGCACCAGGCGGCGCUCAUGGGCGAAGAAGGGGAAACUAUGACUUUGGUCACCCACAGUGGGCAAGCGGGCGCUUCAGAAUCCCUGGCAGUGGUGUCGGCCUGUUUAGCUAUCGAACAGCCAGACGGAGCGGAGAAUUUCCUUUUGAACAUGGAGGCAGAACAAAAGAAGCCUGAAGAAACUUCGGUCGAGCCACUUACCCAGGUGGAAUCAGUCCCCGAAACUCUUGCUCCGCAACCCCUGAAACGUAAACGAGGGCGCCCAGCCAAGGUGAAGAAGGACGUCCUGACCGAGGCGUUUGUGUCACCGCCGCCAUUGGAAGAUGAGGCACAAGACGUGGAACCGUCCGCUGCAGAUUCCAACCAAGAAACGGUUGGCGACUCCAGCCAACGCCGACUGCGGCAGCGCUCCAUGAUCGAGGGCGGUUACGCCCGCCUUCACAUGGGAUUGGACGAAGACGACGAGGGGAAGGUUGCCACCACACCUACCACACCAAAGGUGGGUCCGAGGCCCGGCAAGAGAGGGCGGCCUCCCAAGCAGCCAGAGGAAAACCCGGCAGAAGCAGCACCGGGGUCGGUGACGGACCAAGAACCUGAAGGCGCUGAGGCAACUCAGGGUGAAAAUGUGUGCUCAACGGAGCCUGCCGAACUCGAUACGUUGUUGGAGGCCGACCCUGAUGCGGGUGCUGAGGCCCCGGCUGAGGGCGACGCGGAGGGGGAGCACACGUGCCACGAGUGUGGCAUAUCCUUCCCCCGCCGCUACGCUCUUAUCAUGCACGCCAUGAAGCAUGAGAAAGGUCGCGGAUACAAGUGCAGUCUGUGCAGCAAAGAGUUCCAGUACGCCGCCUCCCUGCGCGCUCACCUGGCCCGCCACAAGCAGCAGAGCGGCCAGCGCGGGCCGGUCCCCAAGUCGGCGUCCCAGUCUUCCUCCUCCACGGCCGGCCGCGACCCACCGUGGCUGUCCGCUAAGCGCGAGUUCGUGUGCGACAUCUGCGGCAAGACGCUUCCGAAGCUGUACUCCCUGCGCAUCCACAUGCUGCACCACACGGGCGUUCGGCCGCACUCCUGCAAAGUUUGCGGCAAGACCUUCGCCCACAAGCACGGCCUCAAAAUGCACCGCGCACUGCACGAUGUCACCAAACAGUUCCAGUGUCAAUACUGCCACAAGUCAUUUGUCAGUAAACGCAGCAUGGAGGAGCACACCAGUCUACACACCGGCGAAUCCAAGUAUCUUUGCAACACGUGCGGAGCCACGUUCCACCGGGCGUCGGCCUUGAGCAAACACCUGAAGAAGCACCGACCCAAGCCGGACGUGCGCGCGUUCGCAUGUUCUCACUGCGACAAGAGCUUCUACGAGGCCAAAGAUCUGCAGCAGCACAUGAACAAGCACAUGGGCCUCAAGCCCUUUCAGUGUCAGGUGUGCGGAAAGUGCUACAGCUGGAAGAAAGACUGGUACUCGCACGUCAAGUCGCACAGCGUCGCCGAGCCUUUCAAGUGCAACGUGUGCGGCAAGGAGUUUUUCGAGAAGGCCCUGUUCAGGCGCCACGUGAAGAAGGCCACGCACGGCAAGAAAGGUCGCGUCAAGCAGAACCUGGAGAGAGAGUGCGAGGACUGCGGCAGGAAGUUCACGCAACUGCGAGAGUACAGGAGACACAUCAACAACCAUCAGGGUGUGAAGCCGUUCGAGUGCGUGACGUGCGGCGUGGCUUGGGCAGACGCGCGCUCACUGAAGCGCCACGUGCGCACGCACACGGGCGAGCGCCCCUACGUGUGCCCCAACUGCCAGGAGGCUCACAUCGACGCCCGCACGCUGCGCAAGCAUAUGACCAAGUACCACGCCGACAGCCUGCCGGGUAAGAUCAUGUUGGAGAAGGACACUCUGCAGUUCCACAACCAGGGCACGCAGGUGGAGCACGCCGUCAGCAUCCUGACGGCCGACCUGCCGCCCGAGCUGCGGCCGCCGGAGACUCCCUGCGCAGCCGAAGAGAUCGAGACUGUGCUGAUUACCGAGGAGACGGUGGAGGCGGUGCAAGCCGUGCAGGCAGCGGAGGCGGCCGCGGACGGCUCGAUGGCUACGUUGUCCGACCAGGGAAUCAUGCAGGUGGUCAACUACGUGCUGGCGCAGCAGGCCAUUACGGGCGUCAAGCUGGAAGAAGCGCCCGAAGCCAUUCAGACCAUGGAAGUGGAGGUCACGGAGGUAGAGUAG